GGCGUGGUCAUGCGGGAGGCGUGGCCGGGCGCUGCCGCCGCCGCCGCCCGAGGAGCGCGCGCGGGACCGUGAGGGCGGCGGGAGCCGCGCAGGUUUUCCAGGACAAAAAAAAAAAAAAGCAGGAAUCCCCUGGAGCUCUGCCCUGCCACCAUGGGCUCAGUGGUGUGGGAAUGUGGUUGAAAUUCCAAUAUUUAAUUCAUGCCACAGAGAAAAGAAGAAAGAAAAAAAAAAAGAAAAAAAAAAAAAGAAGAUUUCAAGAUUUCUUACACAUUGAGCUGAGGAUGCUGAACCCAAAACCUCUUCCUCCAGCAAACCCUGGUGAUAUUUUGGUGAGAAUUGCAGCUCCAUGAGGAGCUGGAGGAUGUGCUGGCCCCCCUGUUGGGGUGCAGGGAUGGCUUGGGGGUGGCUGCUCUGCUCCCUGGGGAUUUGGGGGGGCUGGGUGAGCCCCACAGGGGGGCACAGCCUCUUCUCCUGUGAGCCCAUCAUCCUCAGGAUGUGCCAGGACCUGCCCUACAACUCCACCUUCAUGCCCAACCUCCUCAACCACUAUGACCAGCAAACUGCAGCUCUGGCUAUGGAGCCCUUCCACCCCAUGGUGAACCUGGAGUGCUCGCGGGAUUUCCGGCCGUUCCUGUGCGCUCUGUACGCGCCGGUGUGCAUGGAGUACGGGCGGGUGACGCUGCCCUGCCGGCGGCUCUGCCAGCGCGCCCACAGCGAGUGCUCCAAGCUCAUGGAGAUGUUCGGCGUCUCCUGGCCCGAGGAUAUGGAGUGCACCAGGUUCCCAGACUGCGACGAGCCCUAUCCUCGCCUGGUUGACCUCAGCCUGGCCGGGGAGCCCACGGAGGAGGCGCCGAUGGCCGUGCAGAGGGAUUACGGCUUUUGGUGUCCCCGCGAGCUGAAAAUCGACCCGGAGCUGGGCUACUCCUUCCUGCGGGUCCGGGACUGCUCCCCCCCGUGCCCCAACAUGUACUUCCGCCGGGAGGAGCUUUCCUUCGCCCGCUACUUCAUCGGGGUCAUCUCCAUCGUCUGCCUCUCGGCCACCUUGUUCACCUUCCUGACCUUCCUCAUCGACGUCACGCGCUUCCGCUACCCGGAGCGCCCCAUCAUCUUCUACGCCGUCUGCUACAUGAUGGUGUCCCUCAUCUUCUUCAUCGGCUUCCUGCUGGAGGACCGGGUGGCCUGCAACGCCUCCAGCCCUUCCCAGUACAAAGCCUCCACGGUGACCCAGGGAUCCCACAACAAAGCCUGCACCAUGCUCUUCAUGGUGCUCUACUUCUUCACCAUGGCGGGCAGCGUCUGGUGGGUCAUCCUCACCAUCACCUGGUUCCUGGCUGCCGUGCCCAAGUGGGGCAGCGAGGCCAUCGAGAAGAAGGCGCUGCUGUUCCACGCCAGCGCCUGGGGCAUCCCGGGCACCCUGACCAUCAUCCUGCUGGCCAUGAACAAGAUCGAGGGCGACAACAUCAGCGGCGUGUGCUUCGUCGGCCUCUACGACGUGGACGCGCUGAGGUACUUCGUGCUGGCUCCCCUCUGCCUCUACGUGGUGGUGGGAGUGUCCCUGCUGCUGGCCGGGAUCAUCUCCCUCAACCGCGUGCGCAUCGAGAUCCCGCUGGAGAAGGAGAACCAGGACAAGCUGGUGAAGUUCAUGAUCCGCAUCGGCGUGUUCAGCGUGCUGUACCUCGUGCCCCUGCUGGUCGUCAUCGGCUGCUACUUCUACGAGCAGGCGAACCGCGGCGUGUGGGAGACCACGUGGGUGCAGGAGCGCUGCCGCGAGUACCACAUCCCCUGUCCCUACCAGGUCACUCAGAUGAGCCGUCCCGAUCUGAUUUUGUUCCUCAUGAAGUACCUGAUGGCCUUGGUGGUCGGGAUCCCCUCGGUGUUCUGGGUGGGCAGCAAGAAGACCUGCUUUGAGUGGGCCAGCUUCUUCCACGGGCGCAGGAAAAAAGAGGUCGUCAACGAGAGCCGCCAAGUGCUGCAGGAGCCGGACUUCGCCCAGUCGCUGCUGAGGGACCCCAACACGCCCAUCAUCCGAAAAUCCAGGGGCACUUCCACGCAGGGCACCUCCACGCACGCCUCGUCCACGCAGCUGGCCAUGCUGGACGAGCAGAGGAGCAAAGCGGGCAGCGUGCACAGCAAAGUCAGCAGCUACCACGGCAGCCUGCACCGCUCGCGGGACGGACGGUACACUCCCUGCAGCUACAGGGGCGUGGAGGAACGACUACCUCACGGCAGCAUGUCCCGGCUGACCGACCACUCCCGGCACAGCAGCUCGCACCGGCUCAACGAGCAGUCGCGGCACAGCAGCGCCCGGGACCUCAGCGGGAACCCGGUGACUCUGAUCAGCCACGGCACCAGCAUGAACCGCGUCAUCGAGGAGGAUGGCACCAGUGCCUGAGGCUGCCGGCCCCGCUGCCUUCCUCGGCAGCUGACACGCCCAGCAUUGUCCUCAGCCUCUCAGGUGCUCAGCUUGGGCUCAACGUGGGGAGUCGGGGUUGGCUUCUCUGCCUGGAACUCGGCUUGGAGCUGGCUGAGUUAAAAACAGCUGGUUGUCUCCUCUGAAACCUCUCUGGAGGUAAUUAUUUAUUUGAGAACUCAUCACACACAACUGCUGAAUUUCGGAUUCUCUGUGGAAAACAUCUCCCCCUUCCUUCUCUGUCCCUCCCUCUGUCCCUCCUUCUGUGCCAGCCCCAAAAUUUCGGUGUUGGGGUCGUGCUGGGAGUUGUUCUGAUGAGACUGGAGGGGACUCUUGAUGGCUGAAGGAAUCCCUCCCUGCAGGGGACACGUCCAGCACUGCCUGAGGGACGCCUGGCAGCGUUUGGUCACACUGGAAACACCACAGGAACGAGCAUUUUGGAGAAGGAAACUCCUCUGAGGAUCACAUUUCUUCCUCAGUUGUCCACAGGGUUCAGGGGAAGAGAGAGGCAGGCAAGAGCAGUUUUUUUAUAACUUGUAUUGUCCUUGCAUUUUUUACAAAAGACUAUUUAAAUUUUCUACUGGUUUACAAUUUCUGUAGGAAGAGAUGGGUUUUAAAAGCAAUUAUCUAGAUAAUGUUCAGCCAUUUAUUUUUUAGAGUCACGUACAAAAGCUGAGAUUGCCUGUUCCUGAUCUAUUUAAAAAAAACUAUCAUAGAAAAGCUGAAUUUGUCACCCAAGCAGGAAUGUACAGCCAGAGCUGAGCCUGUUUACAAACCCCAGCAGCUGAGGCCAGAAGGAGCAGAGGAGUUGAUUCAAGGAUGCCCCACCUGCCUGGUGAUGUCAUGGCUGUUUGGGGAGGAUUCUCUGUGCUGAGCAGGAAUUCAGAGAUGGGUGGGGGGAAACUGAGGCAGGAGCUGUCCCCAGAUGGGGAAAAUGGAGCAAGUGGCAGCUGGAAGCUGAGGAGGAGCCAGGAUCCACAGUUCAGGGACCUUGGUUACAGAUCCACCUCUGCUGGGGUUGUUUUCAACCCCUACUGCAGAUUCAUGGUAGAGAAUUCUCAGUUUGGGCUUUUUUUGUGUGGGGGACUUGAGGCAGAAGUCGAGGAUGGUGCUGGAGAUCUGCUGGAGCAUCUUCUGCAGAGGUUCAUGCUGAAGGAGGCAGAGCUACCUCAGUAACUGCUCAGAUCACUGCUGGGAAAUGAAUCCUUAUUUUACAUUGUCCUUCCAUAAUUCCCUCCCUGACCUGCUGGAGGCACUUUGAGAAGCCUUUGUGCACCAACCUCGAGGGCAGGAGCUGCUCCACAAUUAACUCCUUUUAACUGCAGCUGAUGACACAACAGCAGACUCAUAACCUGUGUGCUGUGCAAUCAAAGGCUCCCAGACAGAUUCAUCCCAAAUUGUCUUCCUUGCUCCCACCGGGUCGGAGGAGAAAACAAAGAGCCCAGGAGUAACAAAUUUUUGUUGUUUGGAGUAACAAAGUUUUGUUGUCAGCCCAGGGAUUGCCCUGUCCCAGGGAGAACUGCCCAGAUCCAAAGCCCGUGGAAAAUCCUUUGGAGUGAUUUAAACCAGAGAAGCUGCAACUCCCUGGAAGCCCCAAGGGUGGAACCUUUGCUGUUUUCAAAUUCAGCUCCUCCUGCCUCACAGUGAUCUGAUAGAAAUCUGGAUCUGUGGAAGAUGAGUUUUUCUAAACACUGGAACUGAACUAAAUAAGCUCAAGGGUUUACAUUGAUCCUCUUGGCUCAAUUUCCAGUACUUUUAUCUUUUUUUAAUAAAUUGCAGCAAUGCUUUGACUUGUUUAGAGACAGGGAGAGGAAUGCUGAUGGAGCUUGGAGAAGGAUCCUGCUGGAAAUGUUGUUAAUUAGUGAGGCUCAGUCCCCAUGCUGCUUCCAGAUGGGAAUAUCCAAGUUGUUCCUUGCUCAUGGAUCCUAAAGGAACAGGCUCCUGUCACCCCAGAGAGGUGAUUGAACAUCAAACUGAAACUCCCUUCUACCUUCAGCACCUGAGCUGUGCUCUCUUGGCAGAGCAUUCCUCAGCCAUGGUUCUCCCCCAGCUGGGGCUCACAGGGCUUCAGCUCCCAAAUCUGAGGUGCAUCCCAGUUGGAAUGUGACCCACCAGCAUCUCAGGCAGGGGCACCAGGAUCUGGCUGCUGUCCCCAGGAAUCAGGCAGGGAAGCUGGACAGUGCCUGGUUCUCCAGCUCAUCCCAAACUUCAGCCCUGUCCCUCCCACCAAAACUCUGCUCUGUGAAACUGCUCCAUCAAAGCUGCAAAAUGCAUGACUCCUCAUUCCCAGCGUUCCCAGGGAUCUCCAGCUCCUGUUUUACCAACCUGACUGUGCUGACAGCAGCUCCCCCUGAGUUUGUGGUGUUCCCUCUCCCUUAAUCCCUUCAGCUCCUGUGAAAUAUCCCAGAUCAGAGCUGUGCUCGUGUUGCAUGGAAGAGCUGCUCCUCUUUUUUAAACCAUAAACAACCCAACAGCAGCAAACAGCCACAUUUGGGUGUCAGUGUGUUUGUGUUCUCCCCUUUUCUUCCAGUUUAGACCCAAAUUUUGUGCUGGAAGCUUGAAGCCACCAGCUCUAGGGGAGAGGUCAGUGGUGAGCACGGGAGGCUCUGUCACAGCCACAAUCCAGCACUGCUCCUGAGCUGUUCCAGCAAGGAUGGGAGGGAAAAAUCCCUCAGGAAGGGCACAAGGAGAAGAGCAGUGCCCACCCUUCCAGGGGAGCCGGUUCUGCAGCCCAGCUCCGGGGCACUGAGGAUCCCAAAAAGCAGCAGGGAGCCGACAGCCGUGUCAGUGUGGUGAGAGCAGGGCACAGAGCAGAGCAUCCCUCCCGGGAGCCAUCCCAGCUCCCCCCUGAGCUGCAGAAUGUCCAGCUGAAUGUGAAGCUUUACCCACCCCCCGUGCUUCCUCUCUAAUGGGAUCAGCUUUGCUUUUGCCCCCAGGCGCUGUUGUGGGGAGCUCGGUGCAUGCAAAGCCUCUCGCAGCCCUUCCUCCCCUGCUGGGACAUCCCCGGGAAGGAGCUCCCUGAAUCCUCUCAACUCGUGGAAUGUGUGGGCCGACCCCACUUGCACUCAGCUCUUGUAGACUUGUUUACAGUUAGUCCAGUGUCGGUUUUGUAACGUUUAAUUUUUAGCACUUUAACUGUGAGUGUACAAAUUGGUUCCCUUGUAGUUGGUGUACAUUUUCAUUUUAGACCUUUGGAAGUUUUUAAUAAAACGAUGGAAAAAC